GGGAGGGACUCGCGGCGCCUGCGCAGAGCGGCGGCUUCUCUCGCGAGGACGGACGCCAUUAUCGCAUCUCCCCGACAAACACCACGAGAAUUCCGCAGCCCACACGUGACAGGAGCCCGGUCCCGCGUGAGUUUGAUUCCUGUGCCUCGCCCGGCCUCGCGCCGCCGUUCUGGAUGAUGUCAGAACAGGACCUGGCGGACGUGGUGCAGAUCGCCGUGGAGGAGCUGAGCCCCGAUCACCCAGUUGUGCUGGAGAAUCAUGUCGUGACAGACGACGAUGAGCCAGCUUUGAAACGCCAGCGGCUAGAGAUCAGCUGCCAGGACCCGUCCAUAAAGUCAUUCCUGUACUCCAUCAACCAGACUAUCUGCUUGCGACUGGACAACAUCGAGGCCAAGCUGCACGCGCUCGAGGCCACUUGUAAGUCACUGGAGGAGAAGCUGGACCUGGUCACCAACAAGCAGCACAGCCCCAUCCAGGUGCCCAUGGUGGCGGGCUCGCCACUCGGCGCCACCCAGACGUGCAACAAAGUGCGAUGCGUCGUCCCCCAGACCACAGUAAUUCUCAACAGUGACCGGCAGAGCGCCAUUGUAGCCAAGACGGAAGACCCCCUGGGCAGCAGGGCGCCGGAGCCCCUGGAAAAUAUCCUUAGCAACGCGGUUCCUGGCCGUCGGCAGAACACCAUCGUGGUCAAGGUGCCGGGUCAGGAGGACGGCCAUGAGGACGGGGAGAGCGGGUCCGAGGCCAGCGACUCCGUGUCCAACUGCGGACAGUCUGGAAGCCAGAGCAUCGGCAACAACGUCACCCUCAUCACCCUGAACUCGGAAGAGGACUACCCCAAUGGCACGUGGCUGGGGGACGAGAACAACCCCGAGAUGCGGGUGCGCUGCGCCAUCAUCCCGUCCGACAUGCUGCACAUCAGCACCAACUGCCGCACGGCCGAGAAGAUGGCGCUCACGCUGCUGGACUAUCUCUUCCACCGCGAGGUGCAGGCCGUCUCCAACCUCUCGGGCCAGGGCAAGCACGGCAAAAAGCAGCUCGACCCCCUCACCAUCUACGGCAUCCGGUGUCAUCUCUUCUAUAAGUUUGGAAUCACGGAAUCUGACUGGUAUCGAAUCAAACAGAGCAUCGACUCUAAGUGUCGGACGGCUUGGCGGCGGAAACAGCGGGGCCAGAGCCUGGCCGUCAAGAGCUUCUCCAGGAGAACCCCGUCCUCCUCCUCCUAUGGAGCCGCAGAGACCAUGAUGAGCACGCCGCCACCCACCAGCGAGAUGCAGCAGCCCCCGCCACAGGCCCUGCACUACGCGCUGGCCAACGCCCAGCAGGUCCAGAUCCACCAGAUCGGAGAGGACGGGCAGGUCCAAGUAAUCCCACAGGGCCACCUGCACAUCGCCCAGGUGCCUCAAGGGGAGCAGGUGCAGAUCACGCAGGACAGCGAGGGCAACCUGCAGAUCCACCACGUGGGACAGGAUGGGCAGGUGCUGCAGGGGGCCCAGCUGAUCGCCGUGGCUUCUUCAGACCCUGCUGCCACAGGCGUGGACGGCUCUCCCCUCCAGGGCAGUGACAUCCAGGUCCAGUACGUCCAGCUGGCGCCAGUGACUGACCACACCACGGCAGCUCAGACGGCCGACUCCCUGCAGCCCACCCUGCAGCCCGAGAUGCAGCUUGAGCACGGAGCCAUCCAGAUCCAGUGAGGUGGCCAGCUGGCCAGACAGGACCCGAUAUGGGGCCGCCACCGGCUCCCACCACCACACCGUUCGUUCCACACGUGCCCGGCCCCUCGGCUUCGCAGGAGGCGGCUGCGCGUGUCCUGCUGGAGGGCGUCUGGGUGCCCCGCCCGCGGGGGAGAGCGUCCAGGAACACCCCGCAGCGCCCCCGGGGCCCCGUUCCUUGAGCACCUGCCGUGCCCGGAGCGGGAGCAGAAGCACAGCGCGGUCGCAUCAGUGCACGCGGGAAAUCGAGAACUACAAUAUUUUUCUCUGUUCAGACAGCUUUUUUUAAUUUGCUAUGGUGUUUAUAACAAAAAAGAAAAUUGAAAAAAAAAUGGAGGAGCAGAAGCCCUUUGCUGUGCGCUCUCCCAGUGUAACGAGAACAGGUAUCUGCCGAAGACGACUAACGAUUUUGAUGGCAAUCCCGCUUCCUGCUUUUCUAGGGGGACCUCCCAGCACUGUAGCUGUGCGUUUCUAAUGAAAUAAAUGUAUUUAUGACCA